ACAGACAAGUCAGUCGUACGGUAACUUUGAAUCGGAGUGGAUCGUCUUAACGUGGUUCGUAGAGAUUCCAAACGGCAUGGAUAGAUGAACUUAGUUUUGUAUACCUCUUCCUGCCUACGUACCACACUAGCGUGAAUACGCACCAACCAAACAGCCAGCAGCAAAAAUAAAACUCAACCACCUCGUUCGCUUCCACAUAACACUUGAUAUAUUUUAUGUAUAUAUGUAUGUAAAAUUUGUACGCACGAAAUACCAUAGCAGGAGAAGCAGCAGUGUACAAAUAUAUUGUGUGUAUGUCGUACAAUCAACAUAUGAAAUAUAAGUAUAUACUUGCACGCGCGAGCUCAUCGAGAGCAAAGUAGAAAAGUAACAAAAGUUUACAAAUUGGGUGUAGAUUUUUUCGGCUAACAAGAGAGAAAAAAGUGGCGAUAAAUUAGUGGAAACAAGACGUGAAAUUUAUAUUAGAAUUUCACAGCUAAAAAUUAUAAAAAUGAAAACUAAAAUAUUUCAUUUGCUAACCGCGUAAUAAACAAACUAAUGGUUCGCUGAAACGUUUUCAAAUGAAAAACCAGUGCUAUGGAUAAUAAAACAUAAAAAUUAAACAAAAGUUGUAAAAUUGUUGUAAAACGGGAGAGAGUAGUUUAAGAAAAUAUUGAAUAAUUGCAGCAAGAUAAUUAAAACCAAGUGUUUGAAGUAGCAGAGAAAUAAAUUGUUUCAAAAUGAAAAAAUGAAUUGAGCGCACGCAAAAAAAAAAAUAUAAAAGAGUGCAAAAUUAGAAGCAGAGAACAUUAAAUUUACGAAUUUUUUAUAAAAAAGCGCAUGCAACAAAAAGCCGAAAAAUACAUGCAUACAUAUGCACAUCUAUAUUGUACCAAUUGUGCGAAAAAGAAUUUAGUAAAGUUUUUCUGUGACAAAAUAUUCUAAUUGAAGAAUUUCAUAUAAAAAUAAAGAAAAAUUUCGUGAAACUAACUAGCUAAGCAGAGUAAAAAUAAUUAUAAAAAUUCUAAACUCAUUCCUUCAAUAUUAUAUAUGUAUGUACAGUACAAACUAAUCUCAAGUGCUAAGAAACAAAACCGUAGAGCAUAGAAAAGGAAACAAUAUUUCUGAUCUGCAGAUAAAAAAAACUAAACAGUUUUGUAAAACAAUUUAUAAUUACGUUGGAAAAAAACAGAUUUAAUUAAAGUUGAAAAGUACCUAAUCAAAAAUAAGUUUUACAAGUACCUUUUCACUAGCAAGAAAACAGAGUUUCGCAACUUCAAACCGAACCGUGUCAAAAAGUGAGUAAAUAUCAAAAUUUUGAUAAAAAAAAUACGUAAUAUCUAAACUGUCCCUUAUUUCACACACAUUUGUGAAGUGUGUUUUAAUUUGUUCAAAAUUGUCGCCACCGACGACUAUAAAAUGUUUGAUCCAUUUGUGAAAAUUAAGAAAAAGCGAAAUCUGAAUGUAGUUGAUGUAUUAGUAGAUAGUAUUGGUGAACUGGACGUGCUCGUCGAAUCGCCAGAUCAGGCGGUCGUUGAGGAGGUUGUUUUGGAAGUGCCAAUAGUCGAAGACCAGCAACAGCAAGCGAAGCAACAAUUGUUUCAAGGUAAAGAGCCACAACAACAGUGGCGCGAGCAACAACUGCUAGAGCAGCACCAAACACAACAACAGCCGAUACACGAACAACCAGAAAAGCAUGAAGAUUGUUUUUGUAUAAGUGGAGCAGCGCUUAACGCAGAAGUCGACGUAACUGCAGCCGCAGCUACAACACCAAACUCCAACACCUCGUCUCCGGCAAUCCCCGCAAUUUCACCCACAACAACAGCUACAGUUGCCACAAUAGCAGCAGCCGCAUCCUCCGCCACUUCACCGCUCUUGGAAGCGAUCGCUAGUAGUAGUAGUAGUGGUGGUAGUAACAACACUUUAUCGCAAGUAAGCCGCCAAUUGGCUAGCAGCAGUAGUAGCAGUGUGAGCACAAACAAUUGCAGCCGCCUGCAACAGUUGAUUUCGACGCCGCCAGUGGCAUUGCGCGGCUUACCUGCCUAUUGUAGCAAUGAUUUGCAGUCAGCACAAGAACAGCAACAACAACAACAAUCAACAUUAGGCCCCCAAAACGCGCAACAGUCGGCCGCGUUGCCACAGCUGCAGUUGCAAUUGCAACAACCAACGCACCAACCAACACCUUCGGUGUUGCAGCAACAUUUGGGCCACCUAAAUUUCGAAAGUGCAGCUGCAAUUGGUAGCAGCAAUAGUGUGAGUGGAAGCGCCAGCAGUAGCAGCAACAGUGGCAACAGUAGUUGUAGCAGCAGUAGAAGUAGCAGCAGCAGUCUGCGAAGUAGCACAGCGACGUUACAGCGGCACUUGGCCUCGCCAAGCAACUUGCUCCAGGAAGCGUUUAACAACAAUUUACACAGAAUUUUAAAGCGUUCACAUAGUUCCUCAACAUUGGCGUCCAGUAAUAACAGUCACAACACCAAUUCUUCCACACCACCGCCGUCUUCUUCAACGAUCUCAAAUUCCAAUUUGGCUGCCACCACAUCAACACUCUUCGCCAAUAUUUAUGUUAAUACUGCGAGCAAUAGUGGUGGCAAUAGCAACAACAACAAUAAUAAUAGCCCCCAAAAUCACCACCUCAAUAACAGUAUAAUUGCCAGUCGGCUUUUUGGCAAUAACAACCCCAGCCCAAACAAUCAGCACAGCAAUCCGAAUCAGAACAACAGAAACACCAAUAGCCACACCAACCUCCAACAACAACUACUGGCAGAAAGCAGUAGCGGUACAGCCGCGGCGGCAGCAACUACAUCAAGUACAUCCACUGCUGUGUCAUCUGAUUCACACUAUAAUAAUAGCAACAACAACCAGCAACGCCUGCCGCACCAUUCCCAGCAUAGCCAUCACCACCAUUCCGCGCUUACUAAUUCGAUAACGAAUCGUAUAAAUCAAUCGAUACGGCGGCACUUAAAUCAGCAGCAGCACCAACAGCAACAUCAACAUCACCACUUACAACAGUGCAAUCAGCAAGCGACAAAUAAUAAUAUAACAAAUAACCACCGAAUACAACAACAAAUACAACAAGAUUUGACUCCUCAACAUUCACGUUUUUCGCAAGAUUCACAUCACCAACAGCAACAGCAACAACAACAGCAAAGCAAUCAGCAUUUGCAGAAUCACCUGCAAUCAAAUCAUCAUAACCAGCAUCAUCAUCAUCACCAGAGCAGCAGCAGCAGCAGCAGCGGUAGCGGCAAUAACAAUCAAUUGCAUCAUAACCAACAAAGCCAACAACAACUGCAACAAUCUCCUCUGUGCCUAGUAUUAUUAGUUAAAUGUCCGAAUUCUAAGGAAUUUUGUAAUGCCGCCGCUGCCAAUGCCGUCGCUGCUGCCGCACAUUUCUGUGAUAAUAAAAGAUUGGCGGUGAACGAAUGUCAAGCAAUUCAAACUGCUAGAGUGACAUCUAACCUGAACGCAUCGAGUAGUACAAUGGCGGUUAGUCGAGUACCAUCGCCACCUUUGCAGGAAGUAAAUACACCAGUCGCCGAGAACUGGUGUUACACACAGGUGAAAGUGGUAAAGUUCAGUUAUAUGUGGACCAUAAAUAAUUUUAGUUUUUGCCGCGAGGAAAUGGGUGAGGUCCUGAAAUCGUCCACAUUCUCUGCCGGUGCUAGUGACAAACUGAAAUGGUGUUUACGCGUCAAUCCAAAAGGUCUCGAUGAGGAAAGCAAAGAUUACUUAUCGCUAUAUUUAUUAUUAGUAUCGUGUAACAAAUCAGAAGUUAGAGCCAAAUUUAAAUUUUCAAUAUUGAAUGCGAAAAGAGAAGAAACCAAAGCCAUGGAAUCGCAGAGAGCUUACCGUUUUGUACAGGGCAAAGAUUGGGGCUUCAAAAAAUUCAUUCGACGAGAUUUUCUGUUGGACGAAGCCAACGGUCUGCUACCCGAAGACAAAUUAACCAUAUUCUGUGAAGUUAGUGUUGUAGCCGAUAGCGUAAAUAUCUCCGGUCAGUCAAAUAUUGUACAAUUUAAAGUACCCGAAUGUCGAUUGUCCGAGGAUUUGGGAGCAUUAUUUGAUAAUGAGAAAUUCAGUGAUGUAACGUUGGCGGUGGCCGGUAGGGAAUUUCAAGCGCAUAAAGCAAUAUUGGCAGCACGAAGUGAAGUUUUUAAUGCUAUGUUCGAGCAUGAAAUGGAAGAACGCAAGCUGAAUCGUGUCGAUAUACAUGACGUUGAUCAUGAAGUGCUGAGAGAAAUGCUGCGCUUCAUCUACACAGGCAAAGCGCCAAAUUUAGAAAAAAUGGCUGAUGAUCUCCUAGCCGCUGCUGAUAAGUAUGCGUUGGAAAAGCUGAAAGUGAUGUGCGAAGAGGCGCUCUGCCUUAAUCUCUCCGUAGAUACCGCAGCGGAAACUUUAAUAUUAGCCGAUCUCCAUAGUGCGGAUCAAUUGAAAGCACAAACCAUUGAUUUCAUAAAUACUCAUGCCACAGAUGUGAUGGAGACUACCGGCUGGCAAAGUAUGAUCGCGACACAUUCACAUUUGAUUGCGGAGGCAUUUCGUGCGCUUGCCACACAACAAAUCCCACCAAUUGGACCACCAAGGAAGCGUGUAAAAAUGAGCUGAAACCACAACGGUGCAAAGAGCUAUUACAGCAGCAAUAACAAAUAUAACAAUAACUAUAACUCUACAAAAAAUAACAAACAUAAUUUUAAUUAUAACCAUAAAUACUACAGAAACAGAAACAGCAACACAAACUCUAUACACAUUAAAAAUAAUGGAAAUGAUGAUAAAUUGGAAAA